GAAAAAUAUAUUUUGCUCAGCUCAUGACCCUGUGGUGGCCAGCAAGCUCCGAUAAAAACCUUGCACAGAAAGACGCCCUGUCCAAUUCACUGCCUUCCCAACCAUGGCCAUGAGUUCCCAUUGGCGGAACAGCAUCCCCAGUCAGGGCAGAGAUUGCAACAAUAUGUUUAAAGUCCAGCUGGCUCACUUUAGAAAGGGCUGCGUUGUGGAACAGGCAGAGGAGAAUCGCAGGACGGAGCCAAGGCCUGCCAGAUCGAAGCAGCGUGGAGGAAGCCCUACAAGCUGAACAUGGAAGGGGCUCUCGUGGCCCGGGACAGAGUUGGGAUUCAAGAUUUCGUCCUUUUGGAUUCUCACACGAGUGAAAAUGCCUUCUUGGACAACCUUCGCAAGCGAUAUCAGGAGAACCUCAUCUAUACGUACAUUGGCACUCUCCUGGUGUCUGUGAAUCCCUACAAAGAGCUGGGCAUCUACACGGUGAAGCAGAUGGAGCAAUACAAAGGGGUGAACUUCUUUGAGCUGCCACCACACAUUUAUGCCAUAGCCGACAAUGCCUACCGGGUCAUGUGUACAGAGUACAACAAUCACUUUAUCCUGAUUUCGGGGGAGAGCGGUGCUGGGAAAACAGAAGCCUCCAAGAAGAUCCUUCAGUAUUUUGCCAUGACCUGCCCUACCACAGAGCAACUGCAGGUCGUCCGAGACAGGCUCCUGCUCUCCAACCCUGUUCUGGAGGCUUUUGGAAAUGCAAAAACUUUACGGAAUGAUAAUUCAAGCAGGUUUGGAAAGUACAUGGACAUCCAGUUUGACUUUAAGGGAGCUCCUGUUGGUGGGCAUAUCCUCAGCUACCUGAUAGAGAAGUCCCGUGUUGUCUACCAAAAUCCUGGGGAACGGAACUUCCACAUCUUCUACCAGUUGCUGGAAGGCGGGGAAGAGGAUUUGCUCCAUGACCUCGGCCUGGAACGCAACCCUCAGAAGUACAUGUACCUAAUUCAGGGGCACUGUGCCAAAGUGUCUUCCAUCAACGACAGGAGCGACUGGAGGACGGUGCACAAAGCUUUCACUGUCAUUGACUUCAAAGCGAGAGACCUUGAGAACCUCUUUGGAGUAAUUGCCAGUGUCCUGCAUCUGGGAAACAUCCAGUUUGAGGAGGAUAGCAAUGGCCAUGCCAUCAUCACUACUGGCUCCCAGAUCAAGUGGAUCUCAAAGCUUUUGGGGGUCCACUUAUCAAUUCUGCAAGAGGCCCUAACUCACAGAAAAAUUGAAGCCCGGUUUGAAGAGGUUUUAAGUCCACUGGAUGUUGACCUGGCCUUUUACGCUCGAGAUGCAGUGGCAAAGGCCAUUUAUGGGCGGACAUUUACUUGGCUGGUCAACAAAAUCAACAGCUCUUUAGCAAACAAGGAUCUCACCAGGAAAACUGUGAUUGGGCUGCUUGAUAUUUAUGGCUUUGAGGUUUUUGAGACAAACAGUUUUGAGCAAUUCUGUAUCAACUACUGCAAUGAGAAGCUACAGCAACUGCUGAUAGAGAUGACCCUGAAGGCUGAGCAGGAGGAGUAUGAACUGGAGGGCAUUGAGUGGGAGCCAAUCCCAUACUUCAACAACAAGAUCAUAUGUGACCUCGUGGAAGAGAAACACAAGGGGAUCAUUUCCAUACUGGAUGAAGAAUGCCUGCGGCCCGGAGAAGCGACAGACCUGAGCUUUCUGGAAAAGUUGGAGGAGAAAGUAGGAGACCAUGCCCACUUCGUGACGCGGAAGCUUGCUGACCAGAAGACGCGGAAAUCCAUUGACUGGGUGGCCUUCCGCCUUCUUCACUAUGCCGGAGAGGUGACCUAUUGCACUGUCGGAUUCUUGGAGAAAAAUAAUGACUUGCUGUACCGGAACCUUAAAGAGGUGCUGUGCAGGUCGAAAAAUGGGAUCCUCAGAGAAUGUUUCCACCUGACGGAGCUGGACAACCGAAGGAGGCCUGAGACUGUGGCAACUCAGUUCAAAAAUAGCCUGGCUAGUUUGAUAGACAUCCUCAUGUCGAAAGAACCUUCCUACAUUCGAUGCAUUAAACCCAAUGAUGACAAAGCGGCUGACAAAUUUGAUGACUCCUUGAUAAGGCACCAGGUGAAGUACCUGGGCCUGAUGGAGCACCUGCGAGUGAGGCGAGCCGGCUUCGCUUACCGUCGGAAGUAUGAGCACUUUCUGCAAAGGUACAAGUCUCUGUGUCCAGAUACCUGGCCUUACUGGCAAGGGACGGCUGCCAAAGGAGUUGAGAAGCUAAUCAAGCAUAUUGGCUACAAGCCAGAAGAGUACAAAAUGGGAAAGACCAAAAUAUUCAUCCGUUUCCCAAGAACUCUGUUUGCCACAGAAGAUGCCUUUGAAUUCAGAAAAAAUCGGCUAGUUUCCAGAAUACAAGCCAAAUACAAAGGAUGCUUAGGGAAGCGUGAGUUCCAAAAGAUGAGGGAAGCAGCCAUUAAACUGGAGUCCUGCUGGAGAGGAGUCCUGGCCCGGAAGCUGGCCAAAAAGAGGAUGUGGGCAGCCCAGACCAUCCGGAAGUACAUCAGAGGCUUCAUCCACCGGAAGCAACCCUUGAACCGCAAUAACAAGGACUUUGUGAGGCUUGUGCAGUACACCUACCUUAUGAAACUCAGAGAUCACAUCCCAAAGAACGUCCUGGACAAAAGCUGGCUUAAGCCUCCAGAGAUCAUGCAAGAGACAUCUGAGUUCCUGAGAAAGAUCUGCACAAGAAACCUUGUCCGGAAAUAUUGCCGUGGCAUCACAGCACAGAAGAAGGCACAGAUGGAGGAAAAAGUGAUUGCUAGUGGCAUCUUCCGCGGGAAGAAGGCUGGCUAUGCCCAGAGCCUGAAUGAACCGUUUCUUGAGACCAGGCUAAACGAGAGUGAGUUGAGCCCCAAAGUCCUGCAGCUGAUCCGCCACGAGAGAGUGAAGUAUGUGACGCCGGUGGUGAAGUACGACCGGAAUGGCUUCAAGCCCCGAGAGCGGCUGCUGGUUCUGACGCGUGUGGCAGCUUAUGUGGUGGAGAUGGCCAAGAUCAAGCAGAGGAUUGAGUACGCCACCCUCGGAGGGCUUUCUGCCAGCAGCUUGGGCGACCAUAUCUUAGUCAUCCAUGUUUCAGAAGACAGCAAAUCAGAGAAGCUGUCUGAUCAUAACACAGUGGUGAAAAGGGAGUUUCUCCUUGAAUGGAGAGCCCUGUCUGACUCUGUUUCUUGCUUCCAGGGAGAUGCCAUUCUGCAGUGUGAGCACUUUUUUGAGACGGUCACAAAACUCUGCAUUCUGGCCCACAAGCAGAAUGUCUCGGUGGUCCAGGGAAGCCUCCAGUUCCAAAUCAGUUCAGGGAAAGAAGGAACAAUGGUUUUCACCACUGGGCAGGAUGCUCAGGUCUACAAAGCCAAAAACGGACAACUGACGGUGGUAUCACCCAGAAUAACAUCCUGAUGGAAGCACAUGUUCCACCUUUGCCUGUUAUCUGCUGAUGUUCGAAAGAGAAAGUAGCCCAAACUCCUCUGUGGAGAGGAGAAGAGUCCAUAUUAUAAUUCUGAUGCUUACAAAGUGUGUUUUGAUGCCAUAGGACUGUUGCAGAUCCCAUGACUGACUUUAUGAAUACUCCCAAUAACUGGCUAUAUUUUUGUGAUAACUUGCCUCUAAUCUAAGUCAACAGUUACAGAUUUCCUUAAUAGGUCCAAGUGGGGAAAGCCUCAGAAAAGAAUUGCACCUUAGAAGUGGAGGAGGAAGUUCUACACUCUGGAAAAAGUAUUCUUCCCAUUACAGGGCUGGAAGCGUAAUGGCAAUCUGUAAAGCUGAAUCCUACAGCCUGGAGAAAUGCGAGGCAGGCAGCUGUUGUCCCUUAGGGUUUGGGAACACAACUCUCCUCAUUGUUCUCUGGCACUGUUUUUGGGGGGAACCUUGAGAUCCCCGCUGCUGCUUGGGCAGCCACAGGCCCACCGAAGGGAGAUGGGGUGGGGCGGGGGGAAGGUUCUGCAGUCGAAAUCGUGCCUCCAUGUUCCUCUCUAUACUAGCAACAUGUGACUGUAAGUGGCAAUGUGAAUUAAAAAGACUAAGAGAA